AUAUUGUCUGCUCAUUGGGUGAUUUCCAGCUUGACCGUGCGCGAAAAUCUUCUUCGGGGGAUAUGAUCGCCGACAUCUCUCAGUGUGUACAGCCCUGGGACAUUACCACCACAUCACGGUGCGGCCACGUAGGAAUGGUAUAGCAUACCGCGACGUGAAUCGUCAACCCGUCCCGUGGUUGUUCUGUGCGUAUACGACGCGACUUGACAUCUUGACGUGGGAUUAUCGCGGCGCGAGCGAGUCAUACGGUCCUCGGAGUCAGCUCGAGUCAUACGGCGCCUACUCUGCAUCAUUAAUUAUUUUAGUCUGCGACUCCUCGCCGAUCGGGAGCUGCUAUCGUCGCUAUCGUUUCCGUAUCGUAUCGAGACGCGUCGUCGGCGAACGCAUUCGCAUAGUACGCGUUUACAUAUAUAUAUAUAGUUAUAGCGAGAAGUCGGGGACACCGUCAUUCGAUCGGCGCGCGACUUCUCGUUCGCGUAACCUCUCGUCUUCUUCGGCGGCCUCUUCUCGCCCGCUUGGACAGGUCGCUCUCGUCAAGAUGGCCGAGAAGAGCGGCUCGCCGGCUGCUGCGACCACUCAGGAACAGCAGCCGCAGUUUCUGUCGAGCUUUAUCGGCGAGAUCGUCAAGAGCCCGAUAAAUCUCGCCCUGGUGGGCGUGAUCGCCAUCCUCGUCUACAAGAUCGUCAAGGGCCGCACGAAGACCGAGGAGCCCGUGCUUGAGGUGAAGAAGUUGCCCAAGCUGCGACGCGACUUCGCGAUCGAGGAACUGACCAAGUACGACGGCAAAGGUCCGGACGGCCGGAUAUUGGUCGCCGUCAACGGCAGCGUAUACGACGUCACCAGAGGCUCCAAGUUUUACGGCCCUGGUGGACCAUAUGAAGCGUUUGGCGGUCGAGAUGCCAGUAGGGCACUAGCAAGGUUUGCAGUAGAUGCAGCGACAGAUAAAUAUGAUGAUUUAAGCGAUUUGAAUACUACAGAAAUGAAUUCUAUCAAGGAAUGGGAAGAACAAUUUAAAGAGAGGUACGAUUACGUCGGAAAAUUAUUAAAACCUGGCGAAGCACCUACAAAUUAUUCGGACGAAGAGGAUGAGGGUAGCCAACAGGAGACUGAAACAAAAUCGGAGAACUAUGAAACGGAAACAAAAACGGAUCAUAGUGAGACUGCGGGAAAAUCAAAGAGCGAUUGACCACAUCAUUGUACAUUGGAGGCAGAACUUUUUCGAAAGCACAUUACGCACACACUGUUGUUACAGAAAUUUUUGAAAUUAUCGCUCAUGAAUACAUUUCUGGACGUUCAACCGAAUAUUUUAUUACUUCAUAACGAUAAUCGGAUAAAAAGGCGAAAUACUGGCUUUUAAUCGAGUUGGAAGUAUACAAACAUUUUGAAAAAAGCUGGUGGUUACACGCGAAGACUUUAUUUGAACAUCUAACUUCUGAUCAGAAUGGAUGUUCUCUCGUGUCUUUUAAUGUUUUUAUAUAUGUACAAAAAAUUUUCUACAGAUUGCUAAGCUAAAUCAAUGGCAAGUAACAAAAUAGUAUAUAUUCCAUUGUAAAUGUUUUUCAUUGAAUUAAUUGUAUCCUGCUGUGCAAUGUGCAGUAACGAUACACAUUGUAUAUCCAUAUGAGAAUAGCAGUAUGAUAAAGUUUCUGACAUGCAUUUGGAGUUUUAGCUUUAAGUUUAUCUAUGGAAUAUCUUUAUGCCGCGUUUAGGCAAUUCCGUGAUUUAUAAAAAUUACAGUAUCGAAUAGUCAUACAUUCAAAACAUACAUUUUGAAACAAUUCGCUUCUGAAUAAAUUUCUGAUUACCGCUUAUUAAUUGGAUAAAGUAUUAAUAGUUAUAUAUUUGUUAUAUUUUUAAUACAAUUGAGCCCCCCAGAUUUAUAAUUAUUGCAUGAUACAAAAUGUAGCAUCAUAAUAUGGAAAGCUUUUUCUCAUUUCUGUCAAACGAGGAGAGCAAUUUCAAAUUGUAUAUUUUUUAUGCAAAACUUUUAAUUGCUAAAACAAUACUAAAAAGCGGAUAUAUAAUAUGCAUAUAAAAUGUAAUAAUUUCUUUUAUAUAUAUGAAAAUAAUCAAUAUAUAUAAAAUUUCUGUUAUAGAUUUUAACAAUAUAUAAUUUUGUUAUAGCUUACAAGAGAGUACGGUGAAUUGUAUUUGCGUACUUCCGUGUAAUGUUGCCUCUCAAUAGAGAGGCACAAAUUUUACAGAGUAUCAAUUUAUUAACGCUGAUGAUUUGUUCACUACAAUAAAAUAAAAACAUGGUUUUGGUAGAUAGUUAUAUAUCUAAAUAAGUUUAUGUGAAUAAAGAUAAAUUAGAGCUAUGUUACACAUAUAUAUUUCCACAUACAUAUAAAGAGUUUGCAUGCAUUCCCUGCAUAAUUUAAUAUUUCGUCAAUAUAUAAUGUAUAAACAUCGAAUUGUAUUUUAUGUCUUGUUGGCAUUUAAAAAAUAAGAAAAUUAUUUAUUGUAUACUACACAUUCUGUUAAUUACAUAAACAUGGUGUAUAUAACUUAUCAUGGUUAGAUAUAGUAUCAAUUAUGGCAAAUAAAGCUUUAUUAUUGUUUA